UGACGUCACCAACAUGGCGGCGCUUUGAGCUGCAGCGCCAGUGGGAAGUGGAGAAGCAGCGACAGGAGCCGCGGCCGCCACCCUCCUCCUCUCCAGCCAUCCCAGACUGUCACUUCACCCCGUCUCUCUCUCUCUCGAUGUCGGAUAACCAGAGCUGGAAUUCUUCCUCCGAAGAGGAUCUGGACACUGAGUCCGGGCCGCCUGUUGAGCUGUGCGGGAUACUGAGCAAGUGGACCAACUAUAUCCACGGUUGGCAGGACCGAUGGGUGGUUUUAAAAACCAAUACUUUGAGUUACUACAAAUCUGAAGAUGAAACGGAGUAUGGUUGUAGGGGAUCAAUCUGUCUGAGCAAGGCUGUCAUUACUCCCCAUGAGUUUGACGAAUGUCGCUUUGAUAUCAGUGUGAAUGACAGUGUGUGGUAUCUCCGUGCUCAAGACCCAGACCAUAGACAGCAAUGGAUAGAGGCUAUUGAACAACACAAGGCAGAAUCUGGAUAUGGAUCAGAAUCAAGUCUACGGCGUCAUGGCUCCAUGCUGUCUCUUACGUCUGCAGCAAGUGGUUAUUCUGCCACAUCCACCUCAUCAUUUAAGACUUCCAUUGGGCCAGUCCAAGAUCUCAACCAACAGAAAGGCCAUAGCCUACGUGAAAAACUUGCUGAAAUGGAAACCUUUCGUGAUAUCCUGUGCAGACAGGUUGAUACACUACAGAAGUAUUUUGAUGCUUGUGCUGAUGCUGUCUCUAAAGAUGAACUCCAGAGAGAUAAAGUAGUAGAAGAUGACGAGGAUGCUUUUCCAACCACACGAUCGGAUGGGGAUUUUAUACAUAAUAAUAAUGGCAGCAAAGAGAAAUUGUUUCCAUGUGUGACACCCAAAGGGAUCAAUGGAAUAGAUUUUAAAGGUGAAGCUAUCACUUUCAAGGCUACUACUGCAGGAAUACUGGCUACACUUUCUCACUGCAUUGAACUGAUGGUGAAACGAGAAGACAGCUGGCAGAAAAGGAUUGAUAAGGAGAUUGAAAAGAGGCGAAGAGUUGAGGAUGCUUACAAGAAUGCAAUGUCAGAACUUAAGAAAAAGUGUCAUUUUGGUGGACCUGAUUAUGAGGAAGGUCCAAAUAGUUUGAUAAAUGAGGAAGAAUUCUUUGAUGCUGUUGAAGCUGCUCUUGACAGACAAGAUAAGAUUGAAGAACAGUCUCACACAGAGAAGUCAAGGAUUCAUUGGUCAGCUGCUGUGCCAUUCGGUGAUUCCUUCUCGGCAGUUGGUACCCACAGAUUUGCCAAACAGGUUGAAGAGAUGGUGCAAAAUCACAUGCAGUAUUCUCUGCAGGAUGUAGGUGGCGAUGCUAAUUGGCAGUUGGUGGUGGAAGAGGGAGAAAUGAAGGUGUACAGGAGAGAAGUGGAAGAGAAUGGGAUUGUCUUGGAUCCUCUUAAAGCAACACAUUCUGUCAAAGGAGUUACAGGUCAUGAAGUAUGCCAUUACUUCUGGAACGUCGAUGUUCGCAACGAUUGGGAAACAACCAUUGAAAAUUUCCAUGUGGUAGAAAUUCUAUCAGAUAAUGCAAUCAUCAUCUACCAGACACACAAGAGGGUUUGGCCGGCUUCACAGAGAGAUGUGCUUUACUUGUCUGCAAUUCGAAAAGUUCCAGCUACAAAUGAAAAUGACCCUGAUACAUGGCUUGUCUGCAAUUUUUCUGUGGAGCAUGACAGUGCUCCUCAGAAUAAUAGAUGUGUGCGUGCCAAAAUAAACAUUGCCAUGAUCUGCCAGACACUAGUAAGCCCUCCAGAAGGGAACCAGGCAAUCAGCAGAGAUAACAUCCUAUGCAAGAUCACAUAUGUAGCCAAUGUAAAUCCUGGAGGAUGGGCACCAGCAUCAGUACUUAGGGCAGUUGCAAAACGUGAAUAUCCCAAAUUCCUCAAGCGUUUUACAUCAUACGUGCAGGAGAAAACUGCAGGCAAAGACAUUCUCUUCUAGUAUCUAGAGUGUUCAGCAUGGAUUUGCUGCUGUUUCUACCACGCUUUCCCCGGCGAUCAGCGUAGAGAAGAAAAGAUGUCCUCGUACACUCAAGGAUUACAGUGACUCCGAGCUGGCGCAGUGAAUUUCCAGUGUCCUUCCCUCUCGCAAGGCCUGUCCCAGUUCUCAGCCUGCACCCAACUGAUGUAGGCUGACAUUUUGCAUCUGUGGCUGAUGUUCAACACUGUCUGUGCUCUGUUCCAUUUAAGUGCAUCAGUGUGUAAUUCAUCUGUAUGUGGAGCUCAUGCAGCUGUUUACAAUUUGACCCAGCAACAUUUUUUUUAUAAAACAAUCACAUUUUGGAUCAAAAACAAUAGGUUAAUGGCUUUAAUUGUUAAAAGGAUAGCAUGUUUGUUAAUGUAGGCCUGCAUAAUCAUGGCCAAAAUUUCAAAAUUUUUGCAACACAAAACCUAAUUUGUGAUCUUAAGUUGUACAAAUGUUAGCCAUCUUUGGGGUCUACAGUAAGGUGUAAUUUCUUUAAGUCUUACUCAAGUCUUGCUAAUUAGCGUUCUAUAAUCACUGAACUCAUUACAUUCUUUUACUGGCCUAAAACCAGUCCUUGCUUCUAACCUUGAAACUAAUUUCUUAUAAAACUAAUUCAGGGCUGUCUAUGCCCUUUGACCUCUGGCAUUUGCCCUUUCCCUUUCUUACCAUCUCCUAUGAAGAACAUACAGUUUUGAUGGAGAUUUUGAAAAGCUUUAUUUCUCUUUUGUUUACAAACUAUAUUUCUACAGCAUUUUUAGUUUGUAUAUUUGUUACAUAUAUAUUUUGUGUUGUAAUUGAAAGUUCUGAAAUCUUUUAAGAUGGUGGUAAGGGCUGGAAGGAGGAUUACUUGAAACAUGUCAAAUAAGGAUUUUUCAUGUUGAAAUAGAUUGGUGUUCUAGUCAUGACCAGUGUAGACAUAUCAUCAAAAGAUGAAUGACUGUUUUAAGCAAUAUUGAUAGAACGGGUGUGCAUUAUUGUGAAUAAGGUACGCCGGCUAAGCAUUAGCUGAUAGGUGAAGCCCAUUGCAUAAAUCGUUAGUGCACUACUUUCAAAAAGUGCACACCUUCCCGUUCAUUAAUGCAAUUGUGCAAAAUCUGUUCUGAAUUGAAUUAAGUGCGGUUCCUGAUGUUUGAUCAGAACUAGCCAGUUGUAUUUCAGGAAAAAAUUUACAUGCUCUUGAUACAUGUUGCUCUGUGGAAUGGAUGCAUCUGAAGAACUUCAAUUCCCAUGAAAUUCUGUGCAAUGAAACCUUUUUUUCUCCCUGUUGAUUUCAAGACAACACUUAAUGUUGUGUCUGUCAUAGCAUAUUUAAAAUCUUUACACUUGGUUUUCAGGACUGCUGGUUUAUUGAAACAUUUCGUCAUGAAAAUUAAGCACGUUAUUCUGCUAUUUUUCAACAAAUAGACUUGAUUUUUUUUUAAGUCUAGCAUUUGGAGCCACUACAGAUCCUUUAAUAUUGUUAAUAAUUGAUGUUACAACCAAUAUGACGCAAGCAAAUGAAUAUCAGUGAUGUGACCGGCAGCCUUUAUUUUUGCAUCACAAUACCACGUCACUAUAUACUGUAUAUAUUACAAUUGCUUCAAAUGUAAAAGUGCCUAAAUUUGAGGAAUGGUUGUGCUCAAUAAAUUGUUUUGAUGCAUUCUAAUAGAAGCCUGGCCAAGUAUGAGUACUGUGUGUUGAGGAUUAAUUUAGAACUCUUUAUAUUUAGAUAAUACUGGAACUUCCAGGCCAUACCUAAUACAACUGUUUAUAAAGAAUGAUCAGCUCCAUGCUUCACAGAACACCAUUCAUAUUGGCAUUUAAAAUUAAUUUGUGGUAAAUAGCAAAUCAACAGGAAAGUUUUUCUUGGCUGAAUGCAAGGGUUUUGCUUACUAUUAGACCAAAAUAACUGGUUAUGUAUAGCUAGUGUACCAGUGUGCAAAAAGCAGGAUAUUCUGUUCAUUUAGACAUUGAGGGAAUUUGAGAAUAGUUAAUGCCAGCUAGUUGAGCAAUCACACUAAAGAGGAUGCUUUUUGGACUGCAGUUCAUUCCCACUCUACAUUGGUUGGUAGAAAUGUGUUGCUUAAUGAGGAUGUGAUUAAACUAAUUUUCACAGUGCAUUCCCCUAAGUGGCAAUUACAAUUCAGACUAAGUGCAGGAGAUUUUUUUAUAUUGGAAUGCUCUGCAUCUUCUCCACCACCAUCCCACUCUCCCCACACACAUACACAAGUGGCUUGCUAGUUCAAUUUUUCAGACUGUUCCAACCAGUUUUGCUUUUUCAUCUUGAGACUUUUUUUAAAGAAGUUUUAGUGCUAAUUUUCUUGCAAGAAUUCCUCUAUGCACUUGAUAAGUUUUAUAUAAAGUUAGUAUUCCAGGUACUUAUAUCAAAACAAACAUGAAUGUCAGAUUUUUCAAAAAUGUUAAACUAGGUAGUGUGUGGCUUCUUUGUGUCAGUUUAGAGGCUGGUGGCAUUGAGAAGUGGUGUUUAAAGCUAAUUGCAGCAGUUGAUGUUCAUCACAAAGAAACAGUUUUGGGUGGAGUGUAGCGAGUGAGGCUUAGCAUUGCAAUGUCAUAUAUUGGAACCUAAGCUCUGAAGCAGAAUACUAAUGGCAACUCUGGUAACUUGGUAAUGUUUUACAAUUUUUAUGUUACAAACAAUGGGGAAUAUUUGUGUUUUGGAAUGACCACAUAAAUAAGAGCAUCUUACUCCAAACUGUUAUUUUGGGUCAUGCAUUAGUUUGUAGAUUAGAUGGUUAGAUUCCUUUCUCUGAUGGGAGUAGGUUCAGACUCCAUUCUGACCAGUUCUUCAGCCUUUGUGCUAAUUUAGUUCAUAGCUUUCUAUAUGGAGAAAAUUAUUUUCAUCUGCCUUGCACAGUAGUUACACCUGGCCAAAAAUUACAUUGGGAGAAGCAGUUUACCCUUGGAUUAGAAAUAUGGAGGUUGUUGCCAGUUGCAUGAAUGAGCCAUACAUAUACUGGAUUCAAAUUGAACAUGAAAUUCAGUGGCUUACAGUAGCAGGUGUUUUAUCAUGCUGUUUAUUUUCAGCACCUGUUCAUUUCAGUUUACUUAAAAAUGCUUGCAUUCAACAAGGAGCAAUCAACAAUGUUUGUGCAUAGAUUUCACUGGGAAUUUGAGAAAAACUGUAAAUUUUGAUUGAAUAUUCCAAAUGAAAAACCGUUAUAUACCUGACUAACUUAUCAAUGGGAACUUUAGCAAUGAUCCAGGUUAAAAACCUGUUACUGGUUUGAAUUAAGCUAACUUUUAAUAAAUUGGGAAGUUUACGUGUAUAGAACUUGAUAUUGUUAGCCACAAUUGCACUAAAUGUGAUGUAAUUUUGAAAUUAUUCUGGUAUAAAGUGAUUACACUAAAAGGCGAUUGUAAAGUAUUGAAACUUCUCUGGAAUGUAAAAACACGUCAUUUACAGGUUAAAAUAUGGACUUUUAUUUCAAAAUAUAUUGUGUGUAGAAUGUGGUAAGAGAUUUGUUUUAUGAAAGCUUUAUAUCCUGAUUUAGCUUUGUGUACAGCAAAACACUGGUUAAUGUGUGUCUGUGAUGUUGGACUGUAAAACAGUUUUUCCAAUCAGCAAUGUGUAAAAGAUCAGUUUAUAAAGUUUAGUUCCUCCAUGUUAUCAGAAAUUAAAAUCCAGUAUUUAAAAAGUGAAAAGUAUUAAAACAUUAUAGAUCAA